UGUCAGUCGCGUUGUUCAUCGUCGUGGAGAACAGACGUCCAUUUUUAUUGCUCUCGCAGUGUGCCCGAACUUCAUUUGCUGGGAUUGUUUUGUCGCAAGUACGAGAGUGUGAAACGGAUAGGCGACGGUACGCACGAGGAGGAUAUUUCCAAACAGAAGAAAACAAAACACGGUAGAAAAAAUAAGAAACCAAAAAGGGAAAGAACGAUGAGCGUGGAAUUUUGCUGGACAAGGACGGCUGAUCAUGUGCGACUGGCCGAAAUCGCAUCUCAGAAAAGCUCGUGCUUGGCCGUCAAUUUCAAUCAACUUCAGCUUCAGGACCCCUGGGCAGCGGCAAACGGUAGCUCCACAGCCGGCAGCCGUUCGGGGCUAUUGAUCUGCAGCGGACAACCGCAGGCGGCGGAUGACGACGCUUCAAAUUGCUCUUCCGGCUACGACUAUCGUAGUCUUGCGUUGCACAUCAACAGUUGGCUCGAUAAUCUACCGGCGGAUUCCAAGUGGAACAGGUCGUUGACGGCGGUAAGGAUCGUCGGAGCGGCGCCGGACGCUUUGCUGGCCGAUCAUCUGUACCAAAGUAUUCGCCGUGAGUUAGUUGGCCGGCAGAAAGAUUGCACAACAACAGCCGAUGGACAUUGGACGGAACGGAUCGGCUGCCAACUGGCCAAGGAUACCCGUCUGACGAUCGUGCUCGCCGGGAUCGAUCGGCUCGACUCGUGGGGCCUCAUGUCGCUCGACAAACUUCCGGAGAACGUUCGACUCAUCGUCACAUGUUCCAGCCCGUUGAAAGACGUCCGCGGAUGGACAGCCGUUCACAUGUCUUGCCCGGGAGGACCUCCGCCGUCCGCCUGGUCUUCGGACGCAAUCCUGGCUCCAUUCACCUCCUCGGCCGAAACGAUCGACGCCAUUUUGGCGCCAUUCUUCGACAGUAUGGAGAGCCAGUAUCCGGCCGAUUUCGUCCGUAAAACAUGCGCCGUUAUGAACCUAGCUUCGGGCGCGGCCGGAUGUCAUUCUUCCGGACUGACGGAAGAGGAAUGGCGUCAAUGUCUGGAAUCCCUGUCCGUAGGCGAGAGUCUCCAUCAACACCUCGGGCAGUUGAUCCAAUCAUUAGACGCCCUUCUCAUCCGAGUGGAUGCUCAUUCGGCUUCCGGCGGACUCGCGACACCGGAAAGAGGUGACGAGGAUCGUCGACUGGAAUUGCCACUUGCCUCGGUGGGGUACACCUGGAGUCAACCGGCUUUGUCAUUUGCCCGCCGGAGAUACAAACAGAGUGAAAACUUGGCCGCGGCUGCAUUUACCGCCAUCCCAUCCGCUUUGAAAUGCAGCGAAAACAACAGCCUCGUUGAUGCGUCCGUUUCCGCGCUUCGCUGGCUCGCUCGUUUCUAUUCGAUUGUUGGCGAAACGUCGAUUUACAUGGAACGAGAUCUGUUCGAGGAAACAUUGUUCGAUUGGAGGACGUGGCGGUUGGCAGCGCGUGCUGGAAGGCUCGGUUUGAGCCUCAUUUCGGCCAGCGUUCAACAGUCAGCCAUCCGAUGGAUCGACUCUCAUCUCUGGCUGCUGGAACGCUCCUUGUCGUGGAUCAGUCAAGUCGAUUGCAACGAUUGCGGCGUAAUUGCAUCGCAACAGCUCGCAGCCCAGUUAAUAGUGGCUCUCAAACCCUACGCAGAUAAGGAGAAUAGCAAGAAACACUUGUGGCGAUUGUAUUGCGAUGCCCUAACGGAAUGCGAUCAAUUUAGCGGACCCGUUUUGGUGGCGACGUCGUCCGGCUGGAAUUGGAACCAUUCGGGAAAACCCCUAGAGAGAAAAGUGGACGUCUUCCAGCGCGAGCCGAUUCAGUUAAUGACCGCCAGUCCAGACGGCCAGUGUCUUGUCUUGGUCACAGCUGAUCCUAUCGAUCCGUUCUUCAGUCUCUCGGCGGCCAAUGGACGCCGGAUAGCCGUUUAUAAAGGGCACAGCGGACGGGUCAGUUGCGUGCACGUCACGGGCGACAGCCGUCACGUUAUCAGCGGCGGUGAAGAUCUCAGCGUCAUUGUUUGGGAUUUUUACAGCGGCAACAUCGCAUUGCGGAUCAGGGAGCACAUCGCAUCCGUCUCUGUCGUGUCGUCCGUUAUUUCCAGCCGGCUGAUUCUCACCGGAGGAGAGGAUAGCAUUGUGAUGUCAUUCCAAUGGCAGCCGGGCAAAGGUCAACAUUCAGAGUCUCGAUUGGCUCGCAUCGAUCAUCAUCGCGGACCGAUCACUGCCCUGGCCGUCAAUCAUCGAGAAGAUGUUUUAGUGUCCGCCUCGCAGGAUGGGUCGAUGUGUCUGUGGUCGCUGGAUGACUGGACGCUGUUGAAUCUGAUCGAGGUCGGACAACCUGUUGGACACGUCACUCUAUCGCGAGACGAUGUCUUUCUGUUGGCCGUCGGGUUGGACGACGGAUUCCCUCGACUCUAUUCACUCACCACGGGCUCCUCACUCAGAACUUGGACGGACCUGCCCAUUAAGGUCAUAGGAGCUGUGAUUGUUGGAGGAAACGGCCAUUCCCACGCUGCCGUGAUGGCCGAAGACGGCCGGCUGCUGUGUUACGAUUGCCAUAGCGGCCAGUUGAUCCACGCAUUGUCCAUCGAUUACCCAGGCAAAAGUGCGGCAACAACGUCGUCGUGCUGUACUCGCACUGACGAUCCACGUCUGUUUUUUCAUUCAGUGGGCAAUAAAGUGAAGAUGUGGCUGCUACGCUACGAAGAGAAACGGCCCGCAGUGGCGGUGAACAGUCCUAUGACGUAUCUUGCCAUGUCGCCAAUAGAUGGCGCCACUGUAGCUACUGGCGAUCGCUCGGGCCAAGUUCAAUUGUGGCGGACCUCCAACUUAUCAAGGAUCGCCCAGUGGGGCCAUCUAUCGGCACCCGUUAGCGUCGUUAACUUUGACGCCGCCGGCCUGUACAUCGCUUCGGCUGCAGAAGACGGAACGGUGGCCGUCUGGCAUUUAGACGCCGGGCAAACUCUUCCGGCGACGCAAAUACACCCGGCCGGCUGCAGAGUCAACCAGUUGGCCAUUAUGGCCGAUUGGAAUGGUUACGUCUUGUCUUCCGAUUCGGCCGAAACGGUCAUCCAAUGGAAGCUGGGCACAGGAGAAAUUGUCCGCCAGUGGACUAUGGCCGCUUCCAAACUCCUCGUCGUGGCCAGCAACACCCGCUGGAUGGCCGGAGCCACAAGAUCCAACAGUGUCCGGCUUUGGUCGCUGGAAUUGACUGAGGAACACAAAGAAGCGAUAGCUGUCAGUCACGCUGACGAAGUUUUAUGUCUCACGUGUACGCCGGACAGCCGCUACCUCAUCACGGGCUCUAAAGACUCAUCCUUGAAAAUGUGGGACGUUCUAGCCGGGCCGACCGAUAAAGGUGGAAAACUAGUUCAAAUUAUGGCCGGACACGGCGAUCACGUCACUGUCGUCGUUGCCGCUCAUGUUGCCAAUGUCCCUGCCCUGGCCAACAUGGCCAACAGUAAGCAUUUACUGGUGGUUUCCGGCUCGCGUGACGGUCAGCUCAUUAUUUGGGAUGCCCAGCACGGCAGCGAAAUCCAUUCCAUGAGACGGCACGUGUCAACCAUCACUUGCUUGAAAAUUACAACUGAUGGCUCCGUUGUUGUAUCCGGCUCGGAAGAUGGGACGGUGCGCGUCUGGAACAUGAGGUUGGGCACUAGCCUAUCAUCUUUCGCCUUAGAUUGCCCUGUAUAUCAGAUUGUCAUGUCACCCGACGCAUCAAGAAUGUGGAUCAGGAUGGCUCAAAAAGCCAUUCCAGCUAUUUUAGAUCUUAGACACACACCUGCUGUUCUAGUCAAAACAGAAGUGGCUUCUCGUCCAGCUUCGCCAGUUCACCUGAGGAAAGCUCCGCCUACUCGUCGUCUGCUCAAGAAGGAAAUCUCCCUCGAUUCUUAUACCUGGCUCAAGCGAUACGGAUCGAAGAACGGGGGCAGCCAACAACAUCACAAUCAAGUGGCCGCUCACGCUCAGCAAAUGUCCGUUUCGCCGUCUCCAACAGUCGAGUCGGUCCUGAUGAAACUGUCACGACGCAAUUCAUUCUGCAACGUGCCAGAGUCUGCAGAGACGUGAAGAGUCACUCGUUAUGCAAAUUCCAGGAGAUGCACCUUAUAUAGUAUAUAUUUUUUGUUUCCAUUCGUUCUUUAUUUAAACGUUUUAACCUUAUUCCGUUUCACACAUCAGUCGUUUUAUCGAUUGAGUCUCUAAUGCUGUUUAUCAAAACAAACCAAAGAAAAAGUGCACGUACACAUUUCAAUUCGUCUUUCUAUCCCACCAAACCUGAUCUCAACAGAUGGGUCGAUUCUUCUUGUUGGCGAGUGAGUUAUUCUAAAUGUCCAUAUCGUCCCUAUGGCUGGCGUUUUCCCGCACGUCUGCACAGACAGUUCGUGCAUUACUUAGCCAAAGGAAUAAUGUGCUACAUAUAGUCACCGACACUGUGUCCCAAAUAUUUAUUCAACGUUUUUUUACGUGUUCUUGACUUCGAGAAUCAUGUGUAUCGUGCUGCCAUGAAGAAAUAAUGUAAUUAUAUUAAAUGGACGGAGCUUGAGAUGUAUUUCGUUCCCCCUUUUGACAGACAAUCAGUGAACGAAAUCUCUAUUCCUCCCUUUACCAACCCCUGCCUGCUUAGUGUUGUCUCUAAAGAAA